AUGCCUCGGCCGUUUCUCCCCCCGACAGCCAUCAGGCUACAGACUACCCUGAACAGCGCCUUAUGUACAGAUUCAACCGAUGAUAGAAGCGAAUACAAUGACACGCCGUAUCCAGAAACAGACGGACAGCGAAAUACCAAGCGAAAACGGCCGAAAUAUAUACGAGAAGGUGACUAUCGCUCAGACAAGAGGAGCCCUGCGGUGAUAGUUAAGGGACCUAAACACGGUCUACAGUCAAAGGGCACGCUUCCACAAGAGUUUAACGUGGAUGAUUUAACCUACAACAGAGCAAAACACGCUAAUACUGAGGAGUCAAAGUUGCUUUUUGGACUAUACCUGGGUGUCCUUGGGAAAGCUGAAGGAACGACGAGUCUAAAGGUUGUGCUAUCGAACCCACAGAGGGAGGUUUUGGUGCCAUCUCGGCCAUGCAAACAAGCCGGGAAUGAUGAUCUAGACGCCAAUGGGGUUUCUCACCUUAUCUCUCUUCUCAACCAAGAAGACUGUGGUGACCAAGAGCUUUUCGCAGCUUACAGACGGAUCCCUUCACCAGGAGUUUCCUACCUUAGCUCAAAAACCAGGGGUAAACUAUUGCAUCGAUUUGCGAAACCCGAACGUAAGGGUCGAACGGGCGUUUUCUAUUACCUUACUUUGGUUGAUGAUAUGUGUGAUGCCUCCCUUGAAAUGUCUCCAUCUCUCUGGACUGCAGCGAUUCAUCUCGCAGGAAAAUCUGCAUCUACUGUGAAACGGGAGGAUCUUGACGCUGCUAUUGGCGUAUGGCGGAGAAUGGAGCAUGAAGGCAAUAUAUCGAGCUCCAGUGUUGCCUUCAACAUUCUCUUUGACCUGGCCAUAAAGUCCGGGCAGUUCCGCGUAGCGGAAAGGAUUAUAGCGGACAUGAAGAAACGAAAAGCCAAGUUCUCCCGGUUUGGCAGGGUUGCGCAAAUUUUUUUCAAUGGCUUAAAGGGGAACGCCCGAGGGGUCCGUCGAGCAUACGAUGAUUUCAUCAAAGCCGGUGAAGUUGUGGACACCGUGGUUUUGAACUGCGUGAUUGCGUCGCUCAUUCGCUCCGGGGAAGCUAAGCUUGCCGAAAUCAUGUAUGAAAGGAUGAAGGAAGCCCACGAGAGACUCAAAAAGAAUACAUCCGAGAAGGCUGUCAUGUAUCCGCUGCCCUCUCAAGACUACUCUGCAUAUCGUAAAGCCAGCAAACGGCUUGGGAGGGUUCUUGGAAUGACUUCUUAUCUCCAUGACAAGCUCCCAGAUCAUCACCGGGCGCUUCAAGCCGCUAUGCCUUUGACACCAGAUGCAAAGACUUUUCACAUACUUCUUUCCUACCACGCACAUGUUACGGGUGAUUUGGGCCGUUUUCUAUCUCUUUUGAGUGAGAUGGAAGGCACUUUGUCAAUUCCCUCUCAUGGUAUGGUCUAUAUCCUGUUGUUUCAGGGGUUUGCCAUCCAUGGUUCAAAGAAGAACACCAGAUGGACAUAUCCUCGCCUACAGCGUGCCUGGCUCUCCUUCCUUCGUGCCGUGCGUGAUUAUGAUGCGUCUAUUCAGACAAAACCACGCACUGUAAACAGAAAGGCCAGAUUCGCCUGGUCGACUGAAACAUCCUUCCUUGAAGGCAAAGAACAAGAAACCCAAGCAACCGCGGAGGAAGUGGAAGAAGCCGAGGAGGAAUUCAAGGAAGAGGCAAAUAGAAUUUUCCACGGCACGUUUAAUGACGCUCGCGAAGAACUCGAGGACGAGUGGAAAUACGAAAAUAGCGUCUAUCUGGGCCGAACUGUCAUCAUUGCAUGCCUCCGCGCCUUCUUUACCUGCGGUGGAAGGUCUGCUGUUCUUGGAGUAUGGGAACAGAUUGAUCAAUUAUGGCAAGGAAAUUUGAAACAGAGAGAUAUCGAUGCAGUGCGGGCAGUUCUCCGAGAACUCGUGCCGCCCCGAUGUAACUGA